AGGAUCACACGGACUGUGUCUCGUUAAACGGCUAUUUUCCGCUCAGUGUGUGUUUCGCUGUCGCUGUGCUGCUGAGUUCCUGACACAUGUAAACACUCUCCGUCCGGACCAGCUGCUCUGUCUCUUUGUGCCUCUGUGUCCGAACCGAGCGGAUCAUGUGGGUCCGGUCCUGCUGUGUUUGGGGUACUGGGUUGAUCUGCAUUCUGCUGUUAAUCGCCGGGAUUGCGAUGGUUGUGUCGCAAGUCUUUCUGAAGCUCUUAAACAACAGAAUAAAGGAGCAAGUAGUUCUGGAAAAUGGUACAGAAGCGUUUUCGGUGUGGCAAAACCCGCCUCCGCCUGUUUACAUGCAGUUUUACUUCUUUAAUCUGACCAAUCCAGAAGAGGUUCUGAACGGAGACAAACCCUCUGUCAUAGAGAUCGGCCCGUACACGUACAGGGAGUAUCGACCAAAAGAGGAUGUGAAAUUUAUGGACAACGGAACCAGAGUUCAGGCUGUCAAUCCAAAAACAUACGUGUUUGAGCCUGACAUGUCACGCGGCUCUGAGGACGACCUCGUUCGGACGGUCAACAUCCCCGCUGUGACCGUGAUGGAUAAAUACAAAGAUACCUUCUUAGUCAGUCGCAUUAUCUCUGACCUGAUGAAAUCCCUGAGCGUCGGCGUGUUCAAGACGUUCAGGGUCGGUGACCUGCUGUGGGGUUACGAAGACCCGCUGCUUAAAGAAUUCAAGAUUGUUGAGCCUGCGCUGGACGACCACUUCGGACUUUUCUACAAGAAAAACGGCACAGAUGACGGUGAUUAUGUGUUCUUUACGGGGAAGAAGAAUUAUCAGGACUUUGCUCGUAUAGACGAGUGGAACGGACAGAGUUCAUUAAACUGGUGGAGUUCAGACGAGUGUAACAUGAUCAACGGCACCGACGGAGCGUCUUUCCAUCCGAUCGUCACAAAAACUGAGAAACUUUACAUAUUCUCCUCUGAUCUGUGCAGGUCAAUUUAUGCUCUGUACGAGUCUGACGUGAGCGUUCAAGGGGUUCCUGGUUUCCGUUUUGUUCCACCCAGCGAGGUUUUCGCUAAUCUUACGAUUAACCCAGAUAACGCAGGCUUCUGUGUGCCGACCGGUAACUGUCUCGGCUCCGGCCUCCUCAAUGCCAGUGUGUGUAAAGAAGGUGCGCCCAUCAUCAUGUCCUCCCCUCACUUCUACCAGGCAGAUGACAAGUUUGUCCAGGAUGUUUUCGGGAUGAAUCCCAAGAAGGAGGAGCACGAGACGGUCAUUGACAUCAACCCACUCACGGGACUCUUGCUUCGGGGAGCGAAGCGUGUUCAGGUGAACGUCUACCUGCAUCAGAUCCCAGCGUUCAGGUGAGGAUGAGGACAAACAAACCAAAUUCAAGUGGUAAACAAAUAGAAAC